AUGGACGUAUUACUGCUUCUGAUGAGCUUGAUUUCUGCAAUCGUGGCUGGCUCAAGGACCACAAAACAUCAGCACUCGCCCAUUAGGAAGGUUUUCUCCGGUAAAAGAUCAGGUAAAGAUCCUUGACUAAAACUUAUCACCUCAAGAGGCUUGGACGCAGUAUUUUAAAUGAAGAAUAGUCUUCAAAUUACGUGAGCAGAAACAAAUUGGCGAGCAGAAACGGAAAAAUCAUGGCCAUCUUGCCAAACAUAGAAAAGCCUAAUGGAAUGUAAUUCGUCUGAAUCUCAGUUAUUUCACCGAUUUGUCCGAUUCCAUUUUUAUGUUUAGACAUUUCUGCGUUUUAAAUUAUUCCUCUUCGUACUGUUAGGAUCAGGCUUACACGAUUCAUCGGGCGCUGGACGAGUUUAAAUUUACCGUUUUUCUUUCUUAAUUUUUAAUGAAAUUUCUCUAGUUAGCCUCUGUAAUAAAUAUCAGAGUCGAGGAAAUCUUAUCGACUGCCUCAUCAAAUCUCUGGAGUAGGUUUUACACACUUUUAAGGUUUAUUACUUUUCAUUUUUUUUCCCCAGGUCUCCCAAGAUGGACCAUUCCUAACAUGAGAAACCUAAAGAAAGCUCGAGCUGGUCGUCGCUCUCAAGGACCUUCGUAUCCAUAUUCAAACCAGUAUGCUGCAUACGCCCCCUCUUUACCCCCUGCAACCCCGUCCUUCUACCCUUCAGCUUAUCCUUCUCCGCCCUCUUUCUCUUAUUCCCCACCGUCCUUAUAUCCCGCUUCUCCCCCAUACGGUUACCCUCCUUCAUCUUAUCCGUCCCCUGCAUUCUAUUCAUCACCAUACUCAUCUUCAGAACCAGGGAGCUCCUUUCCAUCCAGCAAUCAGGCACAACAGUUGACGUAUUCUACAUCCUCAUCAAAUGCGUAUGCCAGUGAUCAAUACCAGCAACAGCAGAUAUUGUAUCCCUCCCAUGUGAACCCAGGUAAAGCUGCUUCCAUGGGAAAAUCAGCUGCCCACUUGAAAAUCUCAGGAUCAGAAGCAAAACCAAGCAAUGACGCUACGAAGCCCAAAGUCAAACCAACACCUCCCGAUAGAACAGAAAAAUUUGAAAUCAAAGGACGAUGUAAGGAUUUUGUUCACAUUCCUUUUUAUUUCGUCGAUUUCUGAGAAAAGAAAUUUUAACCUUAAAAUGUAAAAAUAAUUUGAAAGAUAAUCUCAUUUACCCAACCUAAGUGGCAGAGACAAGACUAAAGAUGUUGGGGGGAGUUGUUGGACCUAAUGAUAGCUUCUGUCUGGGCUAUUACGGAAAUACAGAUUCAGACAAAAUAGAAAAUAAUGAAACAUUCACUGUGUCAUCUUUUGAUGCAGUUUUUAAGAGCAUCGGCUGUUGGGCAGAUUCUACUAAACGUCGUGCAAUGGACAGUUUAGAGGGAAAGAGUUCCCAGCUUAAACAUCCUUACAAGACAAGAGUGAACGCCUUGAUGAAGUGUGCAGAGGUAGCGGAUGAACAUAACUUAAAGAUAUUUGGUUUGCAAAAUGGAGGGCAGUGUUUUGGAGGGAAAAAUGCAGAGAACACAUACAGAGAGUAUGGACAGAGCACAGAAUGCGCAGGUAACCAAGUUAUGGUUUAUGACUUCACGGUGACAUAAAUCGCAGGUUAUUCUUCAUGUCAUUUACCACUUCAAUGUAGGUUCCAGGAUAGCAGCUUGCAGAAUUGCAGUUCGUGCGCUUGUUUUGUAGUACAAAUCCAAGGCUCUUCCAAAGCUGCUUAAACUUUUGUUUCUUCUUGCCAGGUGACGGCGAAGGAGGUCCGUGGAGUAACGAAGUGUACAGGUAGACUCUAAUAACAAUUAGUCGAAGAUAAGCCGAUGGCACUAAACUGAGAUUAACUGUUACUAUUACCAGGACUUAUCGAAAAGUACCUCGGUAACGUGGCCCCCCUGCUAAAAUAUCUAUCUUGGCAAUCAUACUUAAAGUUGAUUAGAAUCAUGACUCCAAAAAUCUAAAUCGGUGAUGAGAAGAAGCUAAUCCUACCGUAAGGCGCCUCAUGAGGGGACGUUGUCGUCAUCUUUGUACCUCAUGAUUGGGUGACUCACUUUGAUACAAAAUGCAGUCCCAGCUGUAAGAGCUGGAACUUGGCGAUCCUCACAACUACAAAUCAAUUUCAAAGCCAUUGGCAACGCUGCCUUUUCUCUUCUCACAUAUGACUUUUUUAUAUACAAGGACCGAGCUUUUCUUCAAGUAACAUUUUUUGAGUAAUAUCAAAUGUAAGAUUCCUUGUUCUGUCUGUCACAGCUUUUUAGAUGAAGAUGAUCAACCAUUGGUAAAACCACCAAAGAUAAUGGACGACAAAAACGGAUCCAGCAAUGGCACAAGUACAGCCUGUCCCAACCCCUGUGCAAAAAAUUCAUCAUCACCAUCUUCAAAUACUACAUGCAGUAUACUGCCACCUAACAGUACUGGUGCUGGUCAAAUGUGUGGCUGGGGAUGUCCAAUUCCAAUUCCAGCUUGCAAUGGUAGGGUUAUUUAGUAUAUAUGUUGUAAUUGUUGCCUCCAUCGUCGACGUCAAAGUAAUUGCUAGUUUCAGUAAACAUUCCCAUUACUUUGCUCAAGAGAGUUAUGAGCCAAUGAUGAUCUGCCAGGAGAUCUAAGUUAUACACAGAGAAUAGGUAACACAGGGACAUAAGAAUAAGCCAGACAUAAAAAAUUGUAUUAAGUUGCACAAUUAAAUUAAAGUUUAUAAAAAACACGUCCAUAGGUAGUCUUUCGCAGCUGAAAAAAAGCUGAGACUUAAGAGUCAGUUUUUUUCGUCAACUGACGCGCUAAGCGCUAUUAUCUACACCCUUAACGAAAGUUAAACUUUUGAACGGUUCAUUAACUACUGGUAAAACCACCAAACGCAAAGGGGAAUUAAAAAUGAUACAGAACUGUAACGACACAAUUUAGCAUGUCCCAACUACUCACACUACUCUUUUUUCAGUAUUCGUUUUCUUUUUGUAUAUCUUCAAUUUGUAUGAGGCUCCAAAAUUCUUUUUGUUUGUUUGUUGAUAUACUAAUUUUUUAAUUUCUUGCAGUCACUGGAGCUAAUAGUACGGUAAAUGGUGAGUUACAAAAUCAUUUUUAAUCGUUUUUCGCCUUUGGUAAAGCUGAUGCAGUGUGAAGAUUCUUGAACUCUUCAGACGUGUUAACACAAGCUACGAAGCUGAGGCGUAUCCACGAUUUGUAAAGAGGGGAUUCGAACAAAAAUCAAAAGCGGUCGCCAUUAGAGAGGGAGGGGGUGGGGGAAGGAGGGCUGAGCUAAAACGAUUGUCAAUCAUUUAUACUUGCUGUGCUUCAAGUUGUUAACCACAUCCGCAAAUAAAUUACAGUAUCUAUUAAAUAUGCUUGGAAACCCUUACCCACAAGAUCCAUCGCAGCUAGACUUACUUAUAUUUCCUAUCAAUAAUGACAAGCAAGUAAGUAAUGUUAUUUUAUUUUAAGGGACUGGAGCCCAAGGAAAAGUGAACCAGACAAUACCAGCCGGGUGUGCCAGCAUGGGAGGAGGAGGAGGAACUCUCUGUCCACCUCAAGGUAUGCCCAUGGGAAACUCGGUUUGUGGAGGAGGAGGUACUAUGGGAGGAGCACUCUGCGGAAGUCAGGGCAUAACCAUUGACAGCGGGUGUAUGCAGAUUGCGGGAGCACCCUGCCCUGCACCAGCACAAGGAGUGGCUCCUGGAGGCUGUAUUGACAUGGGAGCUGGGUGUGUGAUUGAGGGGAAGCUUACAGAAGGAUGUCCUAACAUCACUAAUGCCACCGCCUGUGGAAACCCAUGCCAGCCCUCCGGGAAUGCCACUGGAGGGUGCGGCGGUGUUAUCCCUGGUGGGGUUGGACCCAGUGGACCUGGUGGAGUUGGAUCCAGUGGACCUGGCGGGGUUGGACCCAGUGGACCCAACGGUGUAAAACCCUCCAAUGGUACCGUAUCCGGACGAAUUGGUAGCAAUCUUCGUCUUAGUGCUCCAGGUAAGUAAAAUGGAUUCGUUUUCUCAGCUUUUCCUUAAAAUAUAAAGGAGUUACCCUAAAUAAUUUGUAAACUGAAAUGAAAAGGAUUGGUUAAUACUAAGGUCUCUGGAGUAACCAAGAAGCAACUGUAUGGAGCAAAAAAAAAUCAGACAUCAAACAAUAGAUUUUAUAGCACUCUGAAUCAAUUGACAAUGCACAUUCAGCUAAUUUUAAAAAAUUUAUCAAAUUUGGAAAAGAAAAUUGUAAAUUGUUGAUCGGUAAAGGAAAUCUGUAUCCACUAGCAUCAAUAACAUAUUUCGUAGUUGAACGCCAUGAUUCCAUUCCUCUUCUCUCGUCGUAGAAUGUAAAGCCAAGGCCGACCUCGGAUUUAUUAUCGAUGGAUCAGGGAGUAUAGAAAAAAAUGGACCAGGAACGUUUAAAAAAGUCUUGAACUUUGUCAAAGAUAUCAUUAGAAGUUUUGAUGUCUCCAAAGACGGAACACAUAUUGGUAUCAUUGUAUACAGUAGUGAACCAAAGGUGGGAUCUCAUGUUGGAAGUCUUCAUUUAGCUCGUCAGUUAUAAGACUUGUGUUAGGGUUGUUACUCAUUACCCAUAGUGCUCUUGCUGCCUGGUUACGAUAUCUUAAGGACUUAGCUUUGAAUAUGAUGAAACGAGAUAAUUGACGCUGAAGCUCAAUAUCCCAUUGCCGCCACUCACCUCAGUACACAUGCCAGUCAGCCUCUGGCUUAUAAGAUCUUAUUACCCCCAAGUAUCCCAUCUGGUUUACCAGGCUAUUAUCGAUACUCAUCUACGCCUGUGGGUGGAGCAAAGCACUGUGGGAGUGGAAAGUCUUACAUAAAAACAUAACACAAUGACCGGGGAAGAGUCCAAUGGAUUUACUGCUAUAGGCCCGGAAAGUCUCGAGAGGAGAAUGAAACAUUUGCUCUGACGAAGGGCUAACGCUCGAAAAAUUAGCCCUAUAAAUUUUUUACGGUGGUCAAUUUACAUAAUUUGCAAAUAAAAAAAACAUGGCUUUUUAUUCAUAACCUUUGCAGGUUGUGUCGGGAUUCGACCAGCAUUACACCCUAGCAGAAGUGAUGGCAGAAGUUGAUGGAAUCAAGUAUCCAAAUGAAGGAACAAACACUGGAAAAGCUCUCUUGAAAGCUAAUGAAGCUCUGUUCGCAGUCAGCGCUCGGUCCGGUGUCCCCAACAUCGCUUGUGUGUUAACCGACGGGAAGUCAAAAGAUAACAUUGGAACUCCGGCUCAAAAACUCCGAGAUUCAGGUGUCACUGUCAUUAGCAUAGGAAUGGGUACAGACUAUGAUCUUGAACAGCUUCGAGAGAUAGCUACUGACCCAGAUUCACAGCACAUGUUUAAAGCAGAAUUUGACUCACUGGGUUCCCUGGUAGAUUCCAUAGUAGACACUGGGUGUAAGGGUAGGUGUUCUGUUUCUCAGUUCUUGUACUUUGGUCAUAAUUCGUUAUAAGUAGCUGACGUAAGCUGUUGACCGUAUUCUCUCUCACUGUCCAUUGAAAUACUGUUUCCUUCCUGUAUUAUUUGUGAUCUGCCUGAAGUGCUGGUCUGCAAGUUUUCUCAUACGUCUACACUAAUUUUUAGCCAUUAACCCUAAGCUUACACCCAAGUUUUUUAGCUGAUAACUUAAACUGAACCACCUACAAAGCAAACUUUUCUCCACCUUGAUUUUACCAAUGAUACGUUUUCUCUCAUAAGACAAUCUAAAGUGUUAAUCUGUUCAAUCUACACUACGUUUUGAUAAUUCAGCUGUUCAAAUCACAAUUUACAUGCGAAAAUUCAUCGUUAUUUUUCUGCGUAUUUCAAAGACAUGAUGAACUUUAACACUUGUCUUUCAAAAAAAAAAUUAUUUUUAUCCUACAGCUGCUGGAGGAACAAUUCAGGCACCGGGUAAGUUUCAGCGCCAUUAUUGAUAGUAGAGAGCUACUUUGGCCAUAAACUUCAACUACAACUUCUCUCAAAUGGGCGAACGGUGGGGCACAUGAUAACUUUGACGUAUAAACUCCUCAUUGAGGAAAUGGUGUUUCCGCAUCUCCACUGAAAAAUCAUCAAGUUUUACCUUUCAACGGCAGUUAUGGAAGAAAUGCCACGAACGUGUGAGACUAAAAACGAGAACCGUGAUUGAGCGAUUGACUAAAAAAAAUGCAUAUUGUUGCUAAUAAUCACACUUAGCUGUCGGUCCUAUAUCAAGACAGCUAUUUCCCAAUCAUAAUAUGGGAAUUAUUUUUGUAUUUAUCUAACCUGAGCUUGAGAAAAAUCUCUUGACUGAAUUGGGAAAUCCUACAUAUUCGACGGUACAUAUACCUUGUAAUAUAAGACAGGACUUUAAGGCGAGACUGUUCAGUCUUGCACUCGUUAUAUACCAAGAGAUCUACAAUUUUUGCGGAUGAUAUUAACAAAUUACUUUUUCACAGCACCCCUAGGCGCGAGUAAAGGCCGUCCACCUCCUUCCACUGUGGAAACAAGUAAGUGGAUCUACUACUGAAUGCGUUUACAUUAAAGUUUUUCCAUAAACACAACCAACGGCAUCUAGCUUUAAAAUCAAUGUAACUUUUAAUAUUCAACUUAGCACAAACUAUGGUGUCACGUCGAAUCCUAUGUUAUAUAUGAUAUGAAAAGAUAUAAGAUUGAUUUUGAUACGUCGAACAACAAAAUCUUAAUUCGUUUACUCUCAUCUUAUCAAAGAUGUUUUCUUAGGGAACCUUCCUUGUCAAUGGCUUAGAGCCACGUGAGGUUACAAAUGACCGCCUCAGAAUGGUGGUCUCUUCUUAAUACUGUAUUUCGACCAGAUCCCAAUUAAUGGCAAAAGCCGAGGGCUAAGGCUAAUUUUCUCUCCAUAAAAUAAUUCACCGCCAUAACUUAAACUUAGCAUUUUAAGCUUUUUGAAUUUUUUGCUUUCCCUAAGAGUGCAAGGCCAAAGUAGACAUAGCAUUCCUGUUGGACGGCUCCGGAAGUAUUGAUUACCAGCAACCUGGGAAUUUCAAAAAAUGCCUAAGGUUCCUUAAAAACUUCGUUAAAUCAUUCAACAUCGCCAAAGAUGGCACACAUGUAGGAGUGGUACUUUUUUCUAAAACUGCCGAGGUCAUGUUCAAUUUUGAGAAAUAUCUUGAUUCAAAAUCAAUGAUGGACGCUAUCGACAAGAUUCCAUACCCGGCUAAAAACACAUUCACUGGAGCAGGCCUUGAUCUGGUGCGUACUGGACUGUUUGAAAACAGCGUCAGGCAGGGGGUCAGGGACAUCCUCAUUGUCCUGACCGAUGGAGCAUCUCAGGUCAGAAUUUUUCACUUACAAUAGUUUUGUUUUGAUUACACAUCUGUAAGUACACCCAGCCGUCAGAAAAAGAAAAGGAAUAAAAAACAGGAGUAUUGGAAAAACAUGCCGGCUCACCCGGAAUUGAGUGGUUAGUGAGGUCGUCCCUGAGAUCAAAUUUGUACGAAGAAUUUUUUUAUUAAGUUCAUGAUCUGAUGAAGCAGACAAUCUUUUCCUGACUCAGUUGUAGUUUUUAAACUUGUAAGUUGUCGUUUCGAAGCAUUUUUCUUCUAGCUCAUAACAUGCGUCAAAUAUACAAAAGAGAAAGAACAGUCUUUCAAGAUAAUUUCUUGCUCAACCAAACAGGAUGACAUACAGGACCCUUCCAAGAAACUCCGUGACAUGGGAGUGACGAUAUUUUGUUUCGGAGUUGGUGCACAGUACAAGAAGGACCAGUUAGAUGAAAUGGCAACCGAUCCAGACUCUAAACAUGUUGUAACAGGCGGUUUUGAUGAUCUCGAUCAAAUACUCCCGAAAAUUAAAAAGAUGGCAUGUGACGGUUAGUCUCUUAACCCUAGAAGUUCUACUUAUUACGCACUGCUUCCAUAUCGAUUCUAAUUUGUCUACUUACUACGCCUUUUGAUAACAUGCGAACUCACUUAUUGGAUUUCAAGGAGACUGAGCUGCCGUUUCUAGUUACCUACUGUGAGACAAAUUAACUUAAGUUUAUAAAUGUGUUCUUCUGCAGGAGCUGGAGGAUCUUUAUCGCAAAGUCCUUCGAGAGGUAAAUUUUUUAGUUUCUUCAAGUUAGAAAUUUCACAUGAAGUACUUCAUGUAACAAAAAUCUUAUGUACAGUAUGUCCGUUACUUUUAUUUAAACUAUUUUAUAUCGCUUACAAUGUAUUUUAAAAACUUUUUGCGUUAUAUUUCUUGCGUUUAUGCUAUAUAUUAAGCAGAUACAGUAUCACAAUUAGAUGUUAUUACACGAACCAUAUUUAUUACCUUUUAAAUGACAUUUUGAAGGAUUUUAGUUCUUGAUCAUUCUUCAUAAUCCUAACAACCUCACGUUUUACAAUAUUAACAGAAAAAACUGCAAUGUUCACGUUUUACCUUAUACUCCCACGAGAUACAAUUUUAAUUUCAGGUUUAGUUCUAAAAGUUUGAAUCUGCAUUUGUACAACUUAGUCUUGCUUUAAACACUUUACGUUGUGAUUUCUCAUCACAGUACAGUACUUACAGUACCCACGGUAAAAUUCCUGAAUUUUGAACAGAACAAGUUUUAAUUCUAUUCGUAAUCAUAACACGUCAACUGCUCUUGUAUCGAAAACCGAUCGACUCAGCGAGCUCUUUUUCAUCCGUCGACGAUGACUUCGUUACUGUAUUUACCAAGACUGACACAGACGUUGUUUCACGAAAUAAUCGAAGAGGAAAGUGAUUCUUUAUGGAAACAGUAGGUGAGGGCAUUUCAGGAUCAAGUGCAGCGAGUGGUAGACCGGGCAUGGCCGGUCUUAGUGUAAUCCAUGGUGGAGGAAGUUCUGUUGGAGAUGGAACUGGUUCCUCGAAUUCGGCAAGUAGCGGUUCCAUUUCAGGAGGGGCCUCUUUAACAUCAAUCCAAGGUGGUAAAAGCGGUUCGAGCUCAAGUAGUAGUUCCUCGAGUACUGGAAGUAGUAACUCUACCAUAGUUGGAGGUUCUUUGUCGUCGAUCAAAGGUGGAAGUAGCGGUUCCGGUUCAAAUGGUAGCUCCUUGAGCUCUGGGGGAAGCAAUUCUACUUCCGGAGGAAGCUCCUCAAUGUCAACCAAAGAUGGAAAUAGUGGUUCAAGUUCAGGUGGUAGCUCCUCGAGCUCUGGAGGAAGCAAUUCUAUUUCCGGUGGAAGCUCCUCAAAAUCAAUCAAAGGUGGAAGCAGUGGUCCUAGUUCAGGUGGUAGCUCUUCGAGCUCUGAUGGAAGCAGUGCUAUUUCCGGUGGAAGCUCCUCAAUAUCAAUUAAAGGCAGAGGUAACAUUUCUACUUCGGGUGGAAAUUCCUCAAAAGUAAUGAUAGCUAAAGGUGGAAGUUCAAGCUCGAGAAGCCAAGUUAUCUCUAAUGAAAAGAAGCCUAUAAAGAUCGGAAAACUCGUUCUUACACCGGAACAAGGAGACCCGAUUGACAUCACAGAUGUGUGGGGUACAGAAGAUGAUCUUGCUAAGAAUGACGACAUUUCCAACAGUAUUGUAGGUAAGCUAUAAUAAAAUUAAUUGUUUGUAAGGAUAACGAAGCGGUCAGCUAGUCAAGAAAAGUAUGAGUGCUGGUGUGGUGACCAAUUCAGCUGGUUACUUUUAAAGAAUGAAGUUUUGUUUAGAAUCCUUCACUUGUGACAAUGAAUUUAACACUUCAUUAUUGCAGGACAGCCUAGUUUACUGGCAUUCGCUGUUUUCCUCUGAUGCCAGAUAAGGUAGCUUAACAGUUUGAGUGGAAACGUUUCAUUCAUAUAAGCGCUGUGGGCAAUUGUCUAUUUCAACAGAUUUUGGGACAUGCAGGGACAAAGUUGACUUAGCUUUUCUCGUCGAUGCCUCUGGAAACAAAAACGAGAAGGGACAACGAAACUUCGAAACAGCGUUGGCCAUCGCCAAAGCCAUUUCCAGCAUGUUUGUCAUCAAUCCUCUGCAGACUCACAUUGGUUUUGUUGUAUUCUCUACAAACUCUCAAGUUGCUCUAAGUUUCAAAACAUAUCUCGAUAUAAAAAGCGUGGAAAAUGCCAUAGAUAGCAUAAAGUAUACAGGUGCGAGCACCAACAUUGGCGCUGGACUCAAACUUGCGAAGAGCCAACUGUUUGAUAUCACCUCAAGACCAAACGUGCCGCAUAUUUUGAUCGUAUUAACAUCAGGGAAAUCAACUGAAGAUGUACUUGCGCCUUCAAAGGUGCUCAAAGACUCUGGAGUUAAUGUUUUGUGUAUUGGAAUUGGAAACAGGUACGAUAAGAAAGAACUUAAUGACAUAUCCACAAGCCCGGAUGCUGGUCACGUGCUUACCGGUGAUGUCACAAAGCUUGGCAAGACGAUUAGGGAAAUUAGGAGGAUAAUAUGCCAAGGUAAACAACUAUGCUAAUUCAAUCUCAAUUGCAAAAUUUAAAAAAAAUUAUCGACGCUCUCAGAAAGUAUGUUACGACAGAUGAAACCCGUGCACGUAAAAGGUCUGAAGUGCACUGAUUGUCGAGGAUGAGAGCUGAAAAAAAAUUGGACUUGUACGGGAAUUGAACUCAUGACCUGUACGAUACCGGUGUAGUGCUCUAUCAGCUUGGCUAACAAGCCAACAGGGGGAGCUGGUCAUUUUGUAAGUUCGUCAUUGUUGAAGGGAAUAUAGCGAGGGCGAUGAGGGCAGAGGCAUGACUCAUUGGGAUUUUCAACAUAACUUAUAAACUUUUUGAGUAUUGGGGCGUGAGUUAGAGAGAUUUUGGCAACAACUUAUAAAGAAUCAUUUCAUGAAAAUGUUUCAGCCAGUUUACACUGAUAUUUCUGUUGAUAACCGCACGCCGCAUGUGACACAUGGCAAUAAACGGUGAACUAUUGCCUAGAGGAAAACAUUUCUGUUAACAAUUGAAUUGUGUCACAUUAUCUUUUUCGUUCCUGUCAGCUAACGUCGGACCAGUAGCGCUGUUCCCAUUGAACGAGAGGUACGGGGCAACAGAUGUGAUCGGUGGAAACCUUGCUGGUGUAAAAAGUUUCGUCGCAACAGCACCGGGGCCUGAAAAGGAAGAGGGUGGUUCUCUGUUAUUUCUUGGAACACCAGACAGCUUUAUUGAGUUUCCAAACAAUGGUAAACUGGAUAAAAAGGAUUCAUUGACAAUACUGGCCUGGAUAUUCCCUGAAAGGGCGGGACCCAUCUUUAACUUUAAGAGGGACGGGUGGGGAACAAAUCUUUGGUUAGCAAAACCGAGAAAACUGUUUGCACACUUUGUAGACAGAGAUAAUCAAAAAUCCAUGCAGCCAUUGAAAAGCACUAAGAUUGCACCAAAUCGAUGGAAUUUUAUCGGUGCAACAUAUGAUCAAAUAACGGGAAAUGCUGGCCUGUGGAUUAAUGGAAAGUUCGAAGAUUUUAAGCACAUAGGCCGUAUUAGACUUGCUACUAACUAUCCAAUCAGAAUGGGAGCUCGAGUCGGAGACAAAAGAAACUAUCGCGGGCGUAUUGCCUGUUUACAAAUUUACGAUAGAGCUCUUACUUCAGAGCAGAUGAAUAAUGCUAAAAACAAUUGUAAACGUUACAAAAGGGGGCUGUAAACGCAUUCAUUACAUAACAGAGUCAUGAGGUCAUUGCAUUAAACAUGUUUGUACCAUAACGUACAAACGAAUCAAAUGUAAUUAAAUAUUUGUCUUUACUUACUUAAUCACUUGUUACCUACUGUACUUAAAUGUAGGGAUAUUCUUGACUGAUUAUUAUUUCUUGUGAUAGUAUCAGGUAACAGUAGUUAUGAAUAAGUCGCUGAUGAUUUUCAAUCGGUAAAUGAGGUAAAUCAGUCCACAAAGAGACCUUUAUUCAUGUGAAACGCUGAAAUAUCACCCUUUGUCCUCGGCAGUUGUAAAAUGAACCCAGAAAAAAUGUUUCAAUAGAAGCGCGCAAGUAAUAAAAUGAGUCCAUUUUCUUGCGCCGGUCCGUUGUCACUCGUUCAGAUACGAUCAAAUACUUAAGCUCCGCACACAUUUACUCACCGUGCUCCACGCCCCGUUUACUACGUUGACUUCUCCGAAUAAACAAGUGGUUGAGAUCGCUUUCAAUCCCACGCUAACGAAAUAGCGUCCAAUGAAAUAAAGACAUAAAGCAUUUGUCGUGAAAAAAAGGUGGUGGUUUCUCGCGUUUGAAUACAUGAAAUAUGAUAUUUUAUGGUUUGCUAUACCAUGUAAUCCUUUCUGAUAAAAUUCGCCACGUUUCAGGUGUUGGAUUUUACUGGUUGCCUUUCACCUUAUGAACCAUAACGUUUCGUUGACAUUGGUUGGUUUUCGAUGACAAUGAAUGAUGAAUUUUGAUCUUUGGUUUUUUGCUCGGCGGUUCGCUCUGAUACGGCUUGCGUCAUUUUGGCAUUUGGCAUUUGUUAUGGCAUUUCACGUUACCGGAAUUGUCAUCCCUCUAUCCGUGUUGAUGUAGUUAGGGCGAAGACUUCUGUGAUUCCUCUCUUACCUUUGCGUAUUUUACAGUGAAGAUCACGAUCAUUUCAAAGCCACUGGUGCCCAGAGUUAGGAAAAUGUAUCGAAAUGAACAGUCAAAGAUCAUCUCAUCCGCUAGUGGCCUGAAACGUUGCAAAACCAUGAAGGAAAGUGAACGUCUCUCAAGGUUCUUUAUAACGAGAUCAGAACUCAACACGAGGUGCUGCCUUGAAUCUACAUCUAGGGUCACUGAUGAUUCACACGCCGAUUUGCCCUUAAGACCUAUUACGUUAUACCUGCAUUAAGACCUUUGUAUAUGACUUCACCACCCACCAAGCUAACGGUUUGUGUUCUUUAACAGGUAACACAGAUUUGAUGGUGAAAUUGGAUUGUAACCAAUAAAUAUCUCUUCCUAUUCUCCAUCAGUAUAAAGGUGAUCCUCGAGAAUGAGAUCAUAAUGUGUUCAGACGUAGUCUUUGUUCAUCAACUUUCCUUCUUCACUAGCAAGCUAAACAAGUCACGCCACAGAAACCGGAGAACGAUCCAAUCCUAGCGGACCAUACGUUGCUAGCACCUGCUCAGAUCGCUAACCUCAUUAAUUUCAUGUUAUGAUCGACGCACUUCCAGCAUAACAGAUCGACUCUCCCCAAGCUCUGCGAGCAGACGGUCCAUUUAAGUUAUUUAAAUUCAUUCGGAUACGAGGAAUUCCUUGAAGAUCUUCACAACUGAAGGCAGAGAUAUAUAACAAACACACUAUCUCUUUACACCAGUUACUCUAAAACACAACGGCAUCGGAGUUGAAGAAAUUGUACAUCUUGAAUUAUCUGACUCAUGCCUGUAGUCUGUAACGACGUCUAACACUAUGAAACUCAGCAUGCUCUGCAUGUCACCAACUAAGUAAACAGUGAAAAAGUAUAAUCAUAUGGAUUUCUUCUUUUUCCUAGGGCUUAACGCAAAGCUAAAUAUUGGAUUCAUCAUCGAAUGUUCUUCAAGCAUAGAAAGAAACGGACCAGGAACGUUCGCAAAAGUAUUGAAAUUUGUCAAAGAUCUUGCCAGAAGUUUUGAUGUCUCCAAAGAAGGAAUUCAUAUCGGCAUCAUUACUUAUAGCGAUGAGGCAAAGGUUGGAUCUCUCGUCAAUGUUUUUUAUCAAUUAAAUUUGCAAGUUUAUUGUCUCGAACUUUUAUUUGAAUUUUAUCUGUAUCAAGUCAUGUAUCCGAUUAGAUUAAAGAAAGUGAGCAAAAUUCACCGCAAAGAAAAGUCUCCUAAAGCAAUGCAAGCCAUUGCAUAAAUGUUGGACAACAUGUUAUGUUAAACUUACGUAACACUCCAGAUUAAGUCACACUUUGGAAAUUUUUGUGUCACUGUAUGAUCAGUUCCACUUUUCAAAGGCUCUAACUUAAAUUUGUAGAACAACUUAUCAACGUUCCCUUAACAGUGAAUAAAUUUAGCCAAGGCUGAAGUCACUGGUUACUUAAAGUAGUUGACACUGAUUCUUAACUUGAAUUUUGGCAGGUUGUGGCGGGACUCGACCAGUAUUACACCCAAGCAGAAGUGAUUGCAGCAAUUGAUGGAAUCCAGUAUCUAGGAGGAGGAACAAUGACCGGAAAAGCUCUCAUGUUAGCGAAAGACUCGCUCUUCGCUGCAAGUGCAAGGUCCGGUGUUCCCAACAUUGCCUGUGUCUUAACUGCCGGCAGGUCAACAGAUGACGUUGGUUCUUCUGCUCAGAUGCUCAAGGGCUCAGGAGCCACUUGUAUUAGUAUAGGAAUGGGUAAAUAUUACGACCUUGGACAGCUUCGAGCGAUGGCCACCGACCCAUAUUCACAGCACAUGUUUCGAGCAGAUUUCAAUGCCCUGGGGUCCUUAGUGAGUCCCGUCGUGGCCACUUGUCGUAAGGGUAAGCUUUCUACGUAUUUUGGUGAUCAAUCUUCGUUGGUAACCUCAGAACCUCAGAAAGUUUUUUCUUGCUUAAUCUGGGGCCCUGACUUUGCAUUACAAACACUCCAGUAUUUCCCCACCGUAUUAUUUCUCAAUAUCUGCCUCAGGUCGGUCGCGAGUGUCAGAUGUCCAUACUGACUGAAGCCAUUCAACUGCGGCUGAAGUUUAUCUGUUGUUCAUUGAGCUGAACCGAAAUUUGCUCUGUAUAACAAUUCGAACUUAAAGAUCUUUGGUUUCAUCCCUUAAUCUCUGAUGAAAUAAUUCAGGAACCAUAUGAGAUUAAAUAGAGUAAAAUCAGCAGGAAUUUCCUUAUCGUCAUAGAUAGGCAGGAGUAUCAACUCUUUGAUUGUGGAGAUGUAUUUCACUCAUAGGUGGCGAGUUAUAAGGCUAAGUCAAAUGGACUCCUAAAUUUUUAUCCCUACAGCAUCCUCAGGCACUGUUACGGGUCUUGCACGACCUCCGGCUCCCAGCUCAGGCACAAGUAAGUACAGCGUCAUCAACCAAACCAUAAGAUCACAUGGGAGGAUAGUUAAACUUUAACCUACGAAUACAACACAUUUGUGACAUGUACUGGAGACUUAACGCCUAGAGAUUACUCAUUUGUCAGUGAAAUUUGGAGAAGGAAGUAAAAUUAACAUGGUAAAUCGUUCUGUAGAUGUGGUGUGAUAUCACUCUUUACAAUCUCAGGCCACGUGGCAUCCUAAUUUAACUUAAUAUCACUUCAUCGUAUCGCCACCGUAUCAUAUAUCAAAGCCUUUUAACAUUGUUUUUCAUUCCAUCCUAAGAGUGCCAAGCCAAAGUAGAUAUAGCUUUCUUGUUGGACGGCUCUGGAAGUAUUGGGAAAGGAAAUUUCAAAAAGUGUUUGAGAUUCCUCAGAAACUUUGUUCAAUCCUUCAACAUCGCAGAAGAUGGUUCACAUGUAGGAGUGGUACUUUUUUCGAGCACAGCCGAGGUGGUGUUCAAUUUCGAGAAAUAUUUUGAUUCAAAUUCAAUAAUAGACGCCAUUGACAAGAUUCCGUAUCCGUCAAAAAGCACAUACACUGGAAGAGGCCUCGAUCUAGUGCGAACUGGACUGUUUGAAAUCAGUGAAAGACAGGGAGUCAGAGAUGUCCUUAUUGUUAUGACUGAUGGAGCAUCUCAGGUCAGAAUUUUUGAUAAUAAAAUUGUAUCUAAAGUAAUUAUGUUUCUGAACGUGCAACCCCCCCCCAAAAAAAAAAGAAAAAGAAAAAGAAAAACACCAGCAAACUUCUUGAAAACAACGAAUACUAAUUUUAUGUAAGUCAAUAGUGAGGUGCCUCCCGAUAGCCAGCUUGUCCUUAAAGCUACUUAAGUUGUCUUCGAGUAACAUUCCUUUUUGAUAAAGAAAUAUCUUAUUCGUUUGUCAUAAGAUUUAGAAUAAUCUGACCCCUUCACAAGAACUCAAGCCUAACUUAAAGAAUCUUUUCUUUUAAGAGCUUUUUGUUCUCGUUCUCUUUGUUUUUAUGUUCACUGGUUUGAACCAUGAAACAGAUCAAUAAGUCUGUCAAUUGAACAAACAGGACUAUGUGGACGAACCCUCUAAGAAGCUCCGAGACAUGGGAGUGACGAUCUUUUGUUUUGGAGUUGGAACCCGGUACGACAAGGACCAGUUAGACGCCAUGGCAACCGACCCAGAUGCUACACAUGUUAUAACAGGCGAUUUUGAUGAUUUGGAUCAGAUACUCCCGAAAAUUAAAAAGAUGGCAUGCGACGGUAAGUGAGAAACUCGUCUCGUAAAAUUUCCUUAAACCGGCUAUAAGUGUCCUUAAAUUGGCUUUACAUCCUCGAAGUAUUUUCGAUUUAGGUGGCUAAUAACAGUUGACAAGGCCGUUAGUCUCAAAAAAAAUAUCAGAUUUAAAAAUCUGUCAGUUAGGGCAUUAUGGGUAUCCUAUUUACUGGAUAAAUUAGCACAUCAACGACAUAACCACCCACUUUCCUUGAUUUUGUUUGAGGGGGAGCUAAGGAAGGUCUCAGUGCUGCCUUAAACCGCAUUCAGUUUAAGUUUUCAAGUGGUAUCAGUCAUAAAUAAAGCAACAUGAAGUGAUGAGACUCAUUUAAGUAUCAAUAUUUCUCAACGUUUCUCAACAUUUUUCAAGCAUCAAAGACAUUACUUAUCCUUAGAUAUUUUCAUGCUUUUUAUCUGACAUGAAAAAUAUUCCUUAAUAUUAUAAUCACUUCUCAAGUAGUAACGAGUGAGAGCCCUACGUCACAGUAAGUACAUGAUAGAUAAGGAUUAAUUAUAAAUUUGUCCUCUUGCAGGAGCGGGAGGAUCGUUAACACAAAAUCCAUCGAAAGGUAAUGCCUCAGUUUGAUCACAGAGAAUGCCCCGCGCAAGUUACUUCAAUUCGUUCAUUAAACACGUAUAACUCGCAGUCUUAUCACCUCCUCUUGUUAGACUUUAGGUCGAUCAUAAUUGUCCCAUAUGUCAAGCGUAGCUAAGCGUUAUAAAAAAAUUUGGUCUCGUUUGUAACGUCAACUCUCAAGAUUGUCUACGCAUUUUCACCAUGUUCUAUAUCCCUAUAUAUAGGAAAGGGUAUGGAAAUUAGAUAUUAAUAAAUGAAAUACAUUUUCGUAAGGGUUUGCAUGACAAACACCUUUUUGUUCGUAAGAACAAACUAAUAUCAAAAGCAAAAUUUGAGUCUGCAUGUGCGAUUAGCUAUUAUGUCUUUGCUUUAUCUGAUAAAAGAGUCAGCAGUCCUUAUCUAACAGUCGCUGAUUGCUCCACAAUUGCAAAUACUCAAACUUGCGAAGACAGUUUGUAGUGUUCUUUUUGAAAGUGAAAGUGAGUCUUAUUCAUCAUGGUUCACGUUUAGGCAUAACUGGCGGGUCAAGCAUAGGAGGAUCUGGUGUGAUUACAAGCGGAGGAAGCAGCUCAGCGGGGGGCGGUAGCUCCUCACAAGGUAUGAGAGAAUUCCUCCGAAUGAAGCAGUAAUAUUUUAGCAGGAUGCCACCCCACAAUUGCUUGGAAAUGAUUGCAAUUAAAACUUCUAGCUGCCUUCGAUCAUUCCCUACCAUCGGAACUUUUUUUUUCCUGCCAUUAAUGAUUAAUGCAUAAUUGUUAGUGCUCAAAAAAUCUCUGAUGAUGUUCAACAUGUAAUAGUCCCAGUGAGUGCAUUCCUGAGAAGGACUGUCGUCGGUAUAUGGUGCCUGACGUUUCAAUAAACUGAGCGUCAUCAUCAGAGUCAUAAUAUAUUACUCAUAAACGGAUGAGGUUUUUCAAUGAACGUCGAUAGGUGUCGGGAUCACGAGUGGAUCGAGCACAGGAGGAGCCGGUAUGAUUACAGGUGGGGGAAGCAGCUCUGCUGGAGGAGGCAUCUCUACAGGAGGAGGCAUCUCUACUGGAGGAGGCAUCUCUACUGGGGGAGGCAUCUCUACUGGGGGAGGCAUCUCUACUGGAGGAGGCAUCUCUAUUGGAGGAGGCAUCUCUACUGGAGGAGGUAGCUCUACAGGAGGAGGUAGCUCUACUGGAGGAGGCAGCUCUACUGGAGGAGGUACGGGGCCCCUUAAGUAUUGAUAAAGGUCAUACCCUUGCUGACGGUUGCUGUAUCUGGGAUCUGGCUAAUUUAGUGGGCCUCUCUCUUACUACAGUCAAGUAUUCUAUAGUUGUAAAUACCCAAACUGCAUGACACCGACUGAGGUGUUUCAUGUUCUGAUCAUAUGCUGAGAGUGAUUCUUUGUUUCAACCUUUCUGGACACGGAAGGUGUAGGUAUAACUGGCGGGUCCAGCACAGGAGGAUCAGCUGUGAUUACAGGUAGAGGAAGCAGCUCAUCUAGAGGAGGUAGGCCGUCGCAAGAUAUUCAGACUGUUAUCAACGAUGACAAUUUUUCCGAAACCAGUCAGUUCUAUUUUAGUUUAUUUCAAUUUUAUUUUAGAUGGUAGCCCUUCAAAACUUAUACUCAGGGCUUCAAUUAAAACCAAGUGGUAGUUCCUGAGGAAAUUUCGCAGUUGAAUUCGGAAGCAGACAAAAAAUGAAAAUGCCUUCUUAGUUCAUGAUAGAUGAGCAGAGAAAAAUCGCUCAAAAACGCUAACAACUAAUAAGCCUCUCUUUCUACAGCAUCCCAGUGACUUGUGACGCAAGCAAACAUCAAAAUCAUACUUUCUUUCUCUUUUUGUAGAAUGUAACGCAAAGGCUGACCUUGCUUUCAUUAUCGAUGGAUCAGGAAGCAUAGAAAGAAACGGGCAAGGAACGUUUCAAAAUAUCCUGAAUUUUGUCAAAGAUCUUACCAGACGUUUUGCUGUCUCUAGUGAAGGAACACAUGUUGGUGUCAUUGUUUUUGACGAUAACGCGAAGGUAGAAUCUUUCCAUCGUCAUGAGUUUCUUUUAAAUCCCUGCAAAUUGUUUUACAUUUUUUGUAUCAAAUCUGAUUUGCACGAAGCCAUCCACCCGAUUCUACUGGAAGAAAAUACCAGAGAAUAAUUUUACCAGUUCAUGUAUUUCUUGAACAAUCAAAGCGGUUGUAAAACACUUUACAGUAGCUUUCAAAACAAACAGGCUCCGAGGCCAAAAACAUGGAAACCUUAGCUUUUCACAUAUUACGCGUAUAUUUUUGGAACGAACCUUAGAAAGGUCUGCGUCACUGGUCAGAAAGAGAGAUUGUAUUUUUACAAGUGUGGUAUGGCAUUAUACAAUGCUAACACUGCUUAGAUUAAACUGUUGUUGGCAGGUUGUGUCAGGAUUCGACCAGCAUUACACCCAAUCAGAGGUGAUUUCAGCAAUUGAUGGAAUCCAGUAUCCAGGCGGUGGAACAAUGAUUGGGAAAGCUCUCUUGAAAGCUAAGAAUGCUCUCUUUGAUACCAGCGCACGUCCUGGUGUUCCUAAUAUAGCUUGUCUUUUGGCUGGCAGCAAGUCAACAGAUAGAUUUUCUGCUCCUGCUCAGGAGCUCAGAGACUCAGGAGUCACAGUCAUUACCAUAGGAAUGGGUAAUAGAUACUGUAGUAAACAGCUAGGGAAUAUAGCUACCGACCCAAAUUCACGGCACAUGUUCAAAGCGGAGUUUGAUGCGCUGGGAUCCCUGGUGGGUUCCGUCGUAGACACUUGUUGUAAAGGUGAGUCUUUGGCUUAGUUUGAUCAACAUUUUUUUUCAGUAACUGUUUUAAGAAGAUAUUCGCAUAAAUACAUCUUCAGCUUAAAGUCAAUCUCUGCAUAAACAUCUUCUCAUGUUAAUGUUAGGACUUCAACUGAGCGUUAAAACAGUGUCUAUUUGGUGUAUUAUUUGUCAACAUCAACCUAACCGCAGUCUAUAAAGUUUCUUAGAUGUUCAAGCUGAUUUCGGCCAUUCUUUAUCAUAGCCAAGAUUUUUUUCGAUAAUUGGGCUGUUUAGCUAAAAAGGUAGCCUUGCUAGAAACCAAAAGCUUUCGCUGCAUUCAAGGAAUCGAACAUGAGUUACGAAAAGAUUUGCUUAAGUAUUUGUUUUCUUUGUGACUUGUAUUUUGGAUUUUUCUCAAAUUAACAAGUUAUUCUCUCGUAUACCUUCGUCUUAUAUUACAUUAUUAUAAAUAUAACAUUAUUAUAAAUAAUGAUCUAUAAUUUAAUCCAUCAGCGGCAGGAGGAACAGUUCAGGCCUCACGUAAGUUUAAGUAGAACAUAGUUAUGGUUUCUGCGUAAACAUAAAUAGCCGACAUAUUUCCUGUCUUCGAACGUUAAGAUACAACGUCUUUCAGUUGCACUGACUUCCCUAUACCGCCAUUUCUUAUCUCCCUCAGUGUAUUCUCCUGAUAUUUAAAGUAUGAUAUCUAUGACGGCGAAAAGAAAAAACGUUAUAAAACACGACCCCAUCAAAGAUUCUCAGUUGGCUUGAACUUUUUUAGUGUGCAUGAAGUAUGUCUUUGUUGCUGCAUGGAGAAACAAAUUCAGUUAGCAAGUAUGGGAAAGAUAAGACGGACAUAUGCUUCUAUUUUUCCUCUUUUCCAUGAACCUUCAUGGAAACGGUAGGCAGAGGGAGCAUUUCUACUGGAGGCGGUGGCUACUCACAAGGAGUAACAGGUGGAUCAAGCACAGGAGGCUCCAGUGAAAGGGGAAGCUCCUCACAAGCUGUAACUGUUGGAUCAACCACAGGAGGAUCCAGUGUGAUUACAGGUGGAGGGAGCAGCUUUACUGGAGGAGGAAGCACAUUAAAAGUUGGCGGGACUUCCUCCAGCGCUGGAAGUAGCAGUUCUAGUUCGGGAGGAAGCUCCUCGAUGUCAAUUAAAGGUAGAAGUAGCGGUUCCAUUGUAGGCGGUAGCUCCCCGAUAUCAAUGAAAGGUGGAGGUAGCAGUUCUAGUUCAGGAAGUAGUUCUUCUAGAAUAAUAACCGCGAAAGGUGGAAGCUCAAGCUCGGGAAGCAAAGUUAUCUCAAGUGGAAAGAAGAUGGUAAAGAUCGGAAAAGUUGUUCUGACGCCGAAGCAAGGCACAGAUGUAUGGGGUACGGAAGAUAAUCUUGUUAAAGAUGUUAUUUCCGGUAACACUUCAGGUAAGUUUUUUAUAUCAGAGAAAGUAUUUUAAAGAUUUUGAGGUACUAAAAUGAAAGGUUCACCUUGACAAGAAAGCUUAAGAUACGAGAUCAAAACUCAUUGCUACGCCUUAAACUUUAUUUAUUAAUCAUUCAUAUAGUUGUGACCCUAGCUCAGUGAGUGAUGGCUUUUUGACAGCCUACCUAGUUAAAAAUGUGGUAACUAAGCCGUGAUAGUAAUCAAAACAUUCUGGCACUUGGAGUUUUCCCUUCUAGCUGCUUUAACAUGUUACACUUGAAUCAUACUCUUUAUCUGUCUCGUAUACUUUAGCUAACGUCCGACCAGUUGCGCUGUUCCCAUUGAACGAGAGGUACGGGGCAACAGAUGUGAUUGGCGGAAAUCUUGCUGGCGUGAAAAGCUACGUCACAACUGCUCAAGGGCCUUAUAAUAAAGAAGGUGGCUCUCUGUCAUUUCUUGGAGCACCAGACAGUUUUAUCGAGUUUCCAAACAAUGGUAAACUGGAUACAAAGGAUUCAUUGACAAUACUGGCCUGGAUAUUCCCUGAAAAGGCGGGACCCAUCUUUAACUUUAAGAGGGACGGGUGGGGAACAAAUCUUUGGUUAGCAAAACCGAGAAAACUGUUUGCUCACUUUGUAGACAGAGAAAAUCAAAAAUCCAUACAGCCAUUGAAAAGCACUAAGAUUGCACCAAAUCGAUGGAAUUUUAUCGGUGCAACAUAUGAUCAAAAACGGAUAUGCUGGCCUGUGGAUUAAUGGAAAGUUCGAAGAUUUUAAGCACAUAGGCCGUAUUAGACUGGCUACUAACUAUCCAAUCAGAAUGGGAGCUCGAGUCGGAGAUAAAAGAAACUAUCGCGGACGCAUCGCCUGUUUACAAAUUUAUGAUAGAGCUCUUACUUCAAAGCAGAUUGAUGAUGCAAUUAAUAAUUGCAAAAUUUAUACCAGGCAACAGAAAAAAAAAAAUAAGUUAUCAAAAACCCUAAAAAGCCCCACGUGUGCUAUUACUGAAAAACAUGAGCUAAAAUCCCUGUAUAAGUUAGACACAGUCUAUGGCAUUUUAGUUCAUCUCAUCAUCUUCAAUAUAAUCACACAAUAAACGAACCACUGAUAUCUAUAGAGAAAUUGAAGUCUAACGUCCUCACCAAAGCCUAUACAAGUUAAACACUAGUCAGUUACUUCGAAUCUUAAGGGACAGGAGAAAUAUAACAAGUCAGAGCUAAGAGCCUAAAGGCCGUGAGGCUAACUACCACAAACGACACAUGACACCCUGUGAUGGGUAUGUAAAGUUUAAGACUUAUGGUUUGAUCAAAUGUCACUCCUAUCGAAUCUUCCCUGAUAUCCUUAUUCAAGAAACAAUCGUUUAUCAUUGAAGGCAAUAUUUUGCUAAAUAAAACAAUACAGUCGAGAAGAGCGGCCUACAUAACCCUAUGACCCCUGAGAGUGACUAGGAUCCAGUUUCUCCUCACAUUAUCACCCCUGAAUCACAUAUUAAGGUCAAAAGAAUAAAGGAAAUGAUCACCAACUAAAGAACCUCUUGAGUGUUCAAAAUAUUUCUCCUUGUCAGCUUAGAAAAUUUAUGGAGAACAGCUUGGGGAAUAUGGGUACUGAUGUCAGUCAGGGUGUAAAGAGUUAAGUGAUGAACCUGACGUUGCACGUCGACGGAUUCGACGUGACUAACAAUCAUAUUCGCGUAAGUUGGCUUAUACCCAGGGGUAAAAGACUUUCAUUUCGCGUUUGUUAAUGCAUAUUGGGGAAGAAAAGUCGAUUAACAUUAAGUAUCAUGUUGACGAUCUUUUGAGAAUGACCGGAGGUUUUGGUCGUUAUCAACUGACUCUGUUUGCUUUAGUUUGUUUGGUUUCAUUUCCCACCGGCGCUCAGCUUUCCAUCCCAGUAUUCUAUGCUAUCUCGCCUUCUUUUAUUUUACAAAUAAAUAGGCCAAGUUCAACCUUAAACAGAAUUGAUCCUAUAAUAGGAAGGGAGACUUUCUUAAACUUCAGAAACUCAUAGUCUGACCGAAUGUCACUCUGCAAGCUAGCGUGAUGUGCAAUGAGUAGUUGUGUCACGCAGUCUUCUUUCCCAUAGAGGGUGUUGAUCUCCAUAAAUAAGAAAGAAAGAAGAAUGCGAAGUUGCCUUUGAAACAUAAUUUACUAGACCGUGUAAAAUGAUGUUGAGUAAGGAUUUCGAGGUAAACCCGCUACAGUUAGAUGUGAACCACAGUCUUUCUCCAGAGCAGCCGCAGUCGCCUUCAAAGAGGUUGUUUGGUCCCGUCACGCAGCUCUUCUGUUCCUUGCGUUGUGUGAUGGGACUAAAGGCCCAGGCCAGCCGAGCUUGUUGCGUGACCUGGGUACUGUUUACAUUUGGCAAGUCACGUUACGAACCCAUGAUGACUGCUUUGAUAUCUGCCUCUUUCUCGCCAUAGUUAUUGCGUUAAUAUACAUUAUUUUAGAUCCCAGGGUGCAGACAACAUUCCUUUAAACGAGAUGGAAAUGGAUGAAGUAGAAAAUCCCGAGGAAUCAGCAGAGAAUCGAUCUACAAAGGAAAUCAAAAUCCACGAGUUGGAUGACCUUCUCAAAAUAACCGGCGGUUUCGGUCGCUAUCAAAUGGUUCUCUAUGCUUUUAUGUGCCCGGUUUCUAUUCCUACUGGUGCUCAACUCUUAAUUCAGGUGUUUUACGGCGCUUCGCCUCCCUUCGUCUGUGUCAGUCGACGUCGAGAAAUGAAACAUGUGCCUCUGGUUGCUGUUCAAGUUGCCAUGAGUAUGAAUUCCGUGACCCUUUUACCAGCGCUGUCUCUCAAGUAAGAAAUUGUAAUGUUUAUACAUGUUUUGUUUACCGAAGUUUGCCGAGACACUUUUACUUGAUUUAGCUCCAUGACUUUGAGUAUUUGCGGUAUUUACGAGGAAGUGUUCUUGAAUUUGCGUCGAAGUGUUUUUAAUGAUUCUCUACUGAGUAAAUAAACCCUUUCGUGGCAUUAUCAACCUUUUGACGUGGAUCAGUUAGCGUGAAUCCCUCGACACUGUACGGACCAGUUACAUAAAAUAAGUAAAAAUUACCGAGUUUGAGAAUGACAUGUUGGGAACUAACGACUAUAUAACUCUGAAAAGUCGGAAAACUUCACAACUCGAACCAACAUUUGUAUAGGCGGGGACACAAACUUCACAUUCACCGUGUGUAGACGUUCGCAAAAUUUCGCCAUGUGGUCCUUUUUCCAUCGGUUCUCGACAAAUUGCUCUCAAACUUGGCCAUAUUGCUGAUUUCAUGGCGCAAUUUGCAGCAGUGUCGAUGAAUUGUUUUAAACUAACCCAUAGUGAUGGUUGAAAAAAUCAACGUAAUCUGCGACGUAACUUGCAAUAGGAUAAAGACGAGGCUAAUUUCGGCAUGAAAGGUUUCUGUAGGGUGCUAAAAACAUCAGUACACAUGUCAAUCGACUGUUCAUAUUGAAGCCAAAUUCCUUUGCUGCAGAGCUUAAUUUUUAUAUUUGCAGUAUUUGUAAAAGACAGCAAAGUGCAGGCGAAGUGCUAUUGAGACUGGCAGGUAGAGAACCAAAAAUGUUUGUAGUGCACUCAAGAUAACUGUGGUAAUAAAACAAAAGGCCUCAGUUUUUUUUCUUCUCUUAUAUGUCAUGUUUGUUAUAUUUUCAGUGGAAUCUAAUCUGUGACCGCCGACACCUGAAAGCCAUGACUCAAGCUGUUUUUAUGGCUGGUCUCUUCGUUGGUGCAAUCACAUUUGGUAGCAUCUCAGAUCACUUUGGAAGGAAGUUCUCGUUCUUCUUGAGCGUUGGGGUUCUGGUAAGUAACAAGUACAGUACCUGUGUAAAGGGGCACCGUCUUCAGCGGUCACCCUGUAUUAAGCGGUCAGCUGUCAAAGUCCCGAAUUUAAAAGAAAACAAAAAAGUGCAGGAAAAAAGGAUACAAACAUCAAAUUAUAUGUAAACAGAAUUAAAGAAAACACUAAGUAAAUGUGUGUUGUGCUUGUUUUAAGCAUGGUUUUUCUUUAUAAUAAUGAUUUAUGCAUUAUAAUGCGAGAAGAAGAGGGGAAGUUUUUUUUAAUUCCGGAGAAAUGUUGCGCAUUCUGCAUAUCCAUACAAAAUAUCUAGCGACCAAAAAAAGAAGUUUAGUUUCUUGUUUUUGUGUGGCUUAAACCCUAGUACUAUAAAUGGCGAUAGAUUGAAAAUUUCCACGAAAGGUUCUCCAAGGUUAAUUAUCCAUUGUUUAAGACCUUGCCAGAAACGGUUGGAUAUACCGCAACUCGAAAAUAGGUAGAUGAGAAAACUACCUUUUUUCUAUAAAUUGUAAGUAGUGCACUCUAUACACUGUAAACGUUUUUGUUUUUUGUUUUUUGUUUUCUUUUAAAAUAUAUAGUUAUUUUGUUUAGUCGCUCUUCAACCAGUAUUGUUUUAAAUAUUGUAUUGCACUGUAACGUACGUAUUUGUAAACAACAAAAAACGUAAGUAAUGUAGCUAUAGAUGUAACUGUACUGUAAGUUAUUUUCUCUAGCCGUGAUGUAAGUAAUAUAGCUGUAAUUAAAGUAAAAAAAUUUAAUUAAAAAAAAAAAAAAAAAGUUCCGAAUUUGUUUUCCCAUAAUCAUUGUAAUUUUCACCUCUAUUAAGCGUUCCCAACGGCCUGUUUUUGUUGUUUUCCACCGGUAUUGAACGGUUCUUGAAAGCGGGACUAUUUAAAUAAAGUUAAGAAUAAUCUUUCAAAUAAUUUUAAUUCCAUAUUUCCCUCCCAAAGUCAAAGUAGGUAGUGUUUUUGAGCAAUAUUCUGUACAUUAAAUGGUCAUUUAUGGUAUUGAGUGGCAGCGUUUAUCAAUUUUUACAAAACCCUAAAUCUGUGGAACCUGCAGAAACGGCCACCCCGCCAUUCCCUGUGGGAAGUGGGAAUGCCGCUUAAUACAGGUUUGAUUGUUUUUUCCUAUCCACAGGCUACCUACCUUCGCCUCGGCCUCUGCUGUCGCGGACUGUCUGUCGCUGUUCUCUCUGUUUCGCUUCUUUGCCGGGGCUGGGACCGUCGGUUGUUUAUUGGUGCGGUUCGUGUAUUGUGUUUAAAUGGUUGUCACAGCUCGUCGCUCGUACAUGGGCAUGAUCGACUUCCUCUUUCUAACCGUUGGUGGAUGUUUUCUCGCUUUACUUGCUUAUUUAAUACCAAACUGGCGUUACCUCAUACUUGCAGUGUCGUUAUCAAGCUUCCUCCCCAUCAUGGACUCUCGAGCACAGCCGAGGUCAUGUUAAGGCGGGGGUAAACCUGAAAUUUGCUCAAAAAUUGAGUUUUUUGUUUUCCUCGGAAUUUGCAGCUUUGGGUAUUAAACUUUGCUAUGGAAAAAUAAUUUUCCACUUAUUUUCACUAUUUUUGCCUUUUUGAGCGAUUUUAAAAUUCCCGCUCUGACUAAUGGCGUGGUUACCAUGGCAACGAGAAGAGCAUUUUUUAAUUUUUCAGUUGUUUAUGACGUGUUUUUCCGGCAACCAAGCUCCAAACGGGCAGGAUUUGACGAGAGAUACUUUAUUUAGUCUUAUCUGAAAGGUUUUCUAGGGUCAAAACCAUUAUGGGAUAGAUUUAGAGGCAGUUUUGGUCGAAUGUGACACUCAGUGUACUCGGAGCAAUCAAAGGAAAAGUUAUAAUCAAAGGAAAAGUUGUAUCGAAAAUGUUCGGAGAGAAAAGUAGAUCUGUCUACAGGAAGAAAAGAAAGAGAAAUUUUUCUGGAAGGCGAAAACAGAAAGAAGAGUCUGAAGAAACAGCUCCUGAUGUUGACGAAAUCGCCGCCUCAACUCCGAGCACUUCGCGGGAUGAAAAUCAGCUCUCCGACUCGGACUCUAAAGAAACCGUUGGUUCCUUUAGAAUUUAUCCAAACAUCUGUUGAACCUGAAGGCUAGAACUAAAGGGAAACUAGCUGAUGGCAAACCUAUUGGUGGUAUAGGGAGACUGUCUUACACAAGAAUAAAGAAGUUCCAGAAAGAUUAUGGACUUGCAAUUCGGCAAAAUACCAUCAGGAAAUCCAAUCCAGGAAGAAGGGAGGUGGAGGUUGCAGUUUAUGGAAUGAAAAAAAACAUUAUUGCAAUACUCCAUCACAAUGUUGAGUCAAAUGACCCAGCCAAACAGCAUCGAUUUUAUCCACCAGGGGAAUCCUCCUGGUGUAAAUGGAAGCAAGACAAAGCAACAGGAACAUCUGCAUACAGUAGUGGUAACUGUUUGCCAGAGGUCUUUCUUGAUGUCUUGAAACCCACUUUUAUGACUCUAAGUGACUCGAAAUUGCUAGAGAGGUGUGUGUUGGGAACAACACAAAAUCCCAAUGAGUGUGUUAACUCAAUAGUGUGGGUACGGUGUCCUAAACAUAAACACCAUGGUGUAAAAGUAAUUCGGUGUGCUGCGGCAUCAGCAGUCUGCCACUACCAUAAUGGAGCUUCUAGUAAGCUAAAAAUCAUGGAGAGGCUUUGUAUCCCUAGUGGUGUUUUUACAAGAGUGGCAACACAUGCAAAAGACAGUAAAAGAUUGGCUAAGUCCGAUUUGCAGGUUAUGCAGAAGGAAAAGAGACGGCGUCAAGGGGAGCGACUUCUGAGGACUCGUCGAGAGGAAGCCCUUCGAGAAGCUGAAGGAGUUACUUAUGAACCAGGAUGUUUUUAAAUUACUUUUAGAUACUCCUGUGGACAAAAUAUGGACACUUGGGCCACUAUAGUGGUUACAUAUUGUAAAAAAUUAAGUUUGAUUGCUAUCAGUAAGUUUAAAGGCCAUUUUCUCAUUACGCAAUAAUUUUGUCUUCAAGAAAAGAUAUCUUGACAACAAUUUAUCCAAUUGAUCUGAAAUUUUCAGCAUUUGUUCCUUUUGAUAAGUUUUGUGUUAUAAGCAGAGCAAUUUUCCAUAUGAUGUAUGUACUUAAAGUUAUGAAGUGAAACACCCCUCUGAUUUUCCAUGUCAAAUUUAAUUGAUCAUCAUUUAAAAUGUUUUCAACAUAUUAGAAAUCCCUCUGCUUAUAACAAUAAGCAACAUGUCUUCUUUGAAUUGAUACUAAAAACGUUAUUUUUCAUUAAUUCCAGAAGGAGUUAUCUUUUCUUAAGUAACCCCUGGUAGAACCCAGCAGGUGGCUCAAUUAAAUGAGUGGUAUCCUAUUACAAUUGACAUGUUGAGUCUGAAAUAUUUUUUUUCAUGAUCUUCAAGUCUUAAGCUUUCCAGGGAUAUAUAGUUUGCCUAAGUUUUGAAGUAAGUCCUAGCUGUGAAAAAUGAGUGAAAAAUGAGUGAAAAAUGGGCAUUUUUUCAGGUUUACCCCCGCCUUAAAUUUCGAGAAAUAUUUUGAUUCAAAUUUGAUGAUGGACGCUAUUGACAAGAUUCCGUAAAGCAAAAAAAGGCAAAAAGCACAUACACUGGAAUAGGCCUUGAUCUGGUGCGUACUGGACUGUUUGAAAUCAGUGAAAGGCAGGGAGUCAGGGAUAUCCUUAUUGUUAUGACUGAUGGAGCAUCCUAGGUCAGAAUUUUUUGUGAUAACAAUUUUUUUUAAAACAAUUGUUUGUCAACGAGCACAACCGCCCAAAAAACACAAGUGAACCUCUUGAAAACAAAACAUCCUAAC